AAAAUUUCAUCUAAUAGUUUUAUUGACUGUAGUCGCUAUUUUCAGUUUAGGUUCAAUUAGGUUAGGGAAAUUCUGUAUUUUAUCCGAAAGAGGGCGAUUGGCAUAGAGUCUGUUAUCACGUGAUCAACUUCUAUUCGGUUGGCGUAAGAAGAAUGACGACCGAUUGUAUACUUGAGCGAAAAGAAUGAACGCAAAAUUUCGAAGAUCGUAUCGUUCAAAAAAUACAUCGAAUCCUAACGUUACUCCCCCUCAGUGGAUAAAAAGUAACAAUAAUUAUCAGAAAUUGAACAGUUUGGACAGUUUCCGGUUAUGAUAACUACUAAAAACUCGGCAAAAUACAAUACACUAUUUCUAAACUGACUUGAAUGGCGGAAGAAGCACGACACUAAGAAAACUCGAUGCGGAAUACACGAAAGAAAUCGUUUAAACGAUAAUAAAUAUUUUAUUAUAAAAACAAUUUUAAUGAAUUAUAUAUUAUUAUUAUUAACCGUACUUCAAAUUAUAAAUUAAUCUAUUCUCGAUUUAAAAUUUUUUUGUUUGUAAACUACGCUUAUUGAAGUUUCUGUAACUUUUCUUCUCAUUCUCAAUUUAAAUGCAGCAAUAGUAAACAUUUGAAAAUACGCACGUGUGCCUCGUAAAAUUAUAUUUUUAUCUUGAAAUUAUUCAUAAAUAAUUGUUAUAAUUCGAGUAUAAAUGUAAUUUAUAUUAAGAAAUACCGAUAAGAUGUGAAUGUUUAUCUGUUAGUUGAUUAAAGAACUAUCCUGAUUGACUUCAAAAUGUUACUUGGAAGUAUGAAUACUGCAUCAAUUUUACAAUAUAAAUUUUUCUAUCAAUUUAUCAAGUUAUCAAAGAGAAAUUUUAAUUUAACAGGUUUAUCAUUUAAAAUUAUACCAGAUAAUUUAAAAGGAAAAUCAAAAAGUUCUCAGGAAUGGUUGACUCGGCAGUUGAACGAUGUUUAUGUAAAAAAGUCACGUUAUGAAAGUUAUCGAGCUAGAAGUGCCUACAAGUUAAUAGAAAUAGAUGAUAAGUAUAAAUUAUUUAAACCUGGAAUGAUUGUUAUAGAUUGUGGAGCAGCACCAGGUUCAUGGAGUCAAGUUGCCAUCAAACGUGUUACUGGAAAAAAUAAUGAAAAUCAUACUGAAGGAAAAGUAAUUGCUUUAGAUAUUAUUCAUGUUGCACCAAUAGAUGGAGUAACAAUUUUACAAGAAGCUGAUUUUAAAAAUCCUUCUACACAGAAAAAAGUAAUAGAUAUACUUGAUGGAUCUAAUGCUGAUAUUGUUUUAAGUGAUAUGGCACCUAGAGCAUCAGGCAUAAAAGAAUUAGAUGUAACUAAUAUUAUAUCACUUGCUUAUACUGUAUUACAGUUUUCUAUACGAAUAUUAUCUAUAGGUGGUACUAUACUUUGCAAAGUAUGGGAUGGAGAUAGUGUAAAUGAUCUUGAAAUGAACAUGAAGAAAUUUUUCAGUUCAGUGAAGCGGAUUAAACCUCCUGCUAGUCGUAUGGAUUCUGCAGAAUUGUUUUUAUUAGGAAAAGAUUUUAAAGGAAUUAAAAAGCUCAUUGUAGGUUUGGCCAGGCCAAGUCCACAAUGGGAAAGCCAGAUGGUGAGGGAUGGGGCCUGACAUAUCCAGGACAGACCCAAAAAAUUUCUGGAAUUUUUAAACUGCCUGGAUUUGAGUAAUAGAUGAUGCCUUAGCCAUCUCAGCCAUCUGCCAAUUGAACAUAAAACAGACAAUAAUGAUUAUAGGUUGUCAGUUAUUAACCUGUUGAGAAUAGUGCAUAACUUUCUGGGGAGUUUGAACCCAGAUCACCUUUCUAAUGGAUUGUUCAUGAGACAUAUUAGAGUUUAUGGAAAAAAUAUGGCAGAUAUAGCCAUGUCAUCUACUGUACGUAUAUAAUCUCAUUGAUUUCAAAUCAGAGAGUUAAUGAAUAUUGUAUAUAAUGUAAAUACUGUACUUCUGGUACAUAAUUCUGUGAUGAUGGUAAUUUAAAUAUGUACAGUCAACUACUAAUUUAGAAAGAUAGUGGAGGGUUCAUAGACUGUGGUAUUUUGAAUUUCAUGGUAAGUUUGCAAAUUACUUGAAAAUAACUAUGAGCACAAUAAUAGACACUGCUAUAUUUCAACAAGCUAAAUAAAGUAAAAUGCACAGUAUAACAUGAAAAAUAUAACUCAUUACCAAUCACAAAGACUACUCAUUUAAAAACUAUAUAUUUAUAUUUUUUUUAUUUAACCAAACGACCCUAUGACCAUUGGCCUUUUUCAAGGAUAAAAAAAAAAAACUAAAGAUACAGACAUUUACAUAAUAUACAAUCAACAAAACAAUAAAAAGAACAGAGAAAAGAAAAAAAAUAAUAAUAAAAUAAAAAUACACACAACUAAUCACAGCUCAAUUUUUUUACAGCCCAUUUAAAUUACCUGUAAGUACUCAAAUCUUUGUAUUCUUCUUUUAAAGCAUUCCAGUUAUAUAUAAGUUGAUAGAUUGUCUCAUCCUUAACUUUUGGUAGAAUCAAAUUAUUUUUCCAUUGAUAGUUGUAGUUAGAAGGCCUAAGGCAGGCAUGGCCAACAUAUCGCCUGUCUAAUGAAUUUAUGCGGCCCACAAUUAAUCCUUCAAUAUUAGCUACUUAAGUCCGAAUAUGUUGAUGAAAAAUUCUGAUACC